AGUGUCUUAAUCAGCACUAGUUUGAUAGUAACCGUAGUUUGACCAAACAUCUGAACAAGAAAAAGGUUAAAUUAAGAAAGUAAGGAUGGCGUUUUGGGACAAAAAGAUUCCCUGGGGCUUUCUGUUAAUGCUGACUGGUGCUGUGGGUCAAAGCGUGAACUACCCAGAUCCUGUUUGUGCUGUGAAAGGAUCGACUGUCACCCUCCCCUGCACCUUCACACCGCUGAAGUCCGUCAUUCAGAACGGAAGAGAAGUUUCCAUAGAGAUCAUCAGAGUCGUCUGGUGCCAGAACUAUGCCAUUUGUCAGGGCCCCGCCCCGUCUGUGUACGACAGUGAAUCAAACAACAACAGUCCUCGUUACAAAUACCUGGGAGACAAGAAGGGAAACUGCACUUUACAGAUCUCAGAUUUACAGGAGGACGACGACGCGACUCUUCGCUUCAGAAUGGAGGCUGAUAAAAACAGAGGAUAUUUUACUGACCCAUCGGGAGUGAAGCUCACAGUCACUGAUUGGACUCGCAUGGAGAUAAACAGCUGCAGCGGUGACAGACAGGUGAGAAGAGGUGAAACCGUCACGCUGUGCUGCACUGCAGACUGUACUGUCCACCCACUGGAGAUCACCUGGUUCAGAGAUGGCCACGCCCUCUCAGAGUCCGGCCCCGCCUUCCACCUCAGCUCUCUGACCCCAGAGGAUUCUGGGAACUACACCUGUAGACUUGAAGACGUCAGGACGCUCUCCCCGCCGUACAGCCUGCAUGUGGAGGCUGAAGAGGAAGGAACAAACGGUGGAACAGCUGACGUACUGCUGGCCGUUCGCCUGCUUCUCUUCACUCUGCACACCGUGCUCAUUGUCAUAGUGGCAGCCAUUGUCAUCAAAAGGACGCGUCUGCGAGACAGCAGCUGCAGCAGCAGAGAGCUGAAAGACGUGGCGGCGCAGGCGGAUCACUGACGAUCGCAUCAGACAGACAUCGUUUUCAGUACGAAAGAUCAAGCCUUCGGGUCUUUAUGGAGGGUCUCUGAGCGUUCAGCCCUGCCGCUGAACAGGUUGUUAUUGCACAGGAAGAGGAAACGGCCUCCUGUCAGAGGAUGUUAAAGCUGAUAAAAAAAAACAAUUUCCUCUUCACAUCGUCGUUUCAGCUGCUUUGCAACUCUGCUCCUCUCCAAUAUCUCCUAUUUCUUCUGUUCGCCUCCACGAGAGGUGGAAUGUGUUCUUAAAGCAAAUAAUGAAUUACGCUCCCUGUUAUCUCUGUGGACAGUAAACAGGCACAUCAGUCAUUAAAAACCAGCACAAGUCUGAAUACUGACACAAAACCUUAAAGUUUUUAACCAAAGUAAACUGCAUCACGUUCAGGUGCAUCACUUUUCUGUGUUUUGACCCGAGUCAGGAUUUCACGUGCCUCUUUAUUAACACUUUUCCUCCUCCACCACUUCUCUGGCUGGCAGUGAAACUCCAUCCUUUCACUAGAGCAACUAGUGACGGGCGGAUGAAGCCUCAUGAAGCUUGUUUGUGCCAAAAAGAAGAUUCGAACCUUCGGGGCUUCAGACUCAGCAGCACAGGGACAUCUGGUGGUUUGUAAAACCAACAGCAGCCUUUCAAGACUGGAGCCAAAGCACUUCAACACCCGGCUGGUUUUUAGAGUUUCAGGCGGAUAUUUGUGCAAUACAAGUCCAAUAAGCCUGCGUGUAAAACAUGAUACUGUAAAAUAACUGCUAAAUGUAUUGUUGAACAUAUACAAUCUCUUUGUUGACACAAAAUAUGAAUGUACCUUAUUGGUGUGGUGUAUCCCAGUGUGUUUGAUAUUUACGUGUACGCUGCCAUAUUUCUCAGUUAUUCUCCUGUUUUUAUCCCACCGAUGUUUGUAUCACUUGAACAACUUUCCAAACUGUCAAACUGAAUGAAUCUUUUUGAAGCAGU